AUGGAUGAAAAUGAAUUUUGCAACGAUGUUCCUGUCCUGCCUGAUGACGUGUCUAGGACGAGGCUAAGAGUCAAGCCACAUCAAUUUUAUGGGAUUCGCCAAUAUCCGGUUGCGAUUUCUGCCAUUUUGCAGAGUAUAUGGCCCUGUUGGAUAGUGGAUAUUAUGUCUAACAAAGCUAAAAAUCCGGUUGCUUUUAGAAAUUGUUGCCACGAAGAUCGUUCUCAAAGUUUUCACAAUCACCCGAAGGUUUUCAAGGAAACCGUUUGCUCCAAAGGCUGUAAUAGCACUAAUCUUCAGGAAAACACUGAUACUCACGAUGAUAUUAGACCGUCAUGCAGAGAUAGCAACCGAGGCCUAGGUCUACCAAGAUUUGAUGAAAAGAAUGCAGCAGUAUCUCUCUCAAGGACAGGUUUCAGUAUUUCCACUUGGCUGCGCUUGGAUUGCACUCAUAAUUUGCAGCUCUCUACGGAUCUAGAGAAUCGAGACAUUAAAUCCGAUCCUCCUGAUCAAUCUUUACAGGAACCUUCUGCUCCACAAUUGAAUAAGUUUGGCCCUUUUGAGCAUUCUCAACAAGUGAAUGAGAAGGAAGCAAAUCUCAUCCAUCUUAUCACCUUGGAUGGGCACAUUGAGAAUACACAUCCCGAUUUCUACCAGCUAGGAAGUGACGGAAGAAUAGUUCAUUGGAUAAAAUUGUCGACUAAGGUAAGUUCUUCUUGA